GGUCUGAAGUGUACGGUAAAGAGAGGAGGAGGAGGAGGCGUGCGUUAUUCAUACCAACAUUACAUUACGCACGGGCACACUAGAGUGGAACAGGUGACGAGAACACCAGUAACACAGAAGACAUGGCCUCAGACACCAAGGCCACAGACCCACUGGAGGUACUGAGACAGCAAUGUCUGGCCAGGGGAGUGGCUGGCAUCAAGGGACUGGCAAGGACGUUCCGCAUCAUGGACGACGAUGGCAGUAAGUCUCUGGACCUGCAGGAGUUUAUUAAAGGACUGGAGGACUAUGGUGUGGUGGUGAGCAGAGAGGAGGCCCGGCAGAUCUUCACACUGUGUGACAAGGACGGCAGUGGCAGCAUCAACUUCAUCGAGUUUCUGGAGAAUCUGAGGCCUCCCAUGUCCAGUGCCAGGAUCUCUGUGAUCGGCCAGGCCUUUAAGAAGUUAGACCGGACAGGGGACGGGGUGGUGACUGUGGAGGACCUGAGGGGGGUCUACAACUGCUCACAACACCCCAAAUAUAAGAGUGGGGAGUGGACAGAGGAACAGGUCUUCCUAACUUUCCUCAGCAGCUUUGAUUCCCCCAACGACAAAGACGGCAAGGUAACUCAGGAGGAGUUCAUGAACUACUACAGUGGAGUGAGUGCCUCUAUUGACAGCGACGGAUACUUUGUUACUAUGAUGCAGAAUGCCUGGAAGCUGUAGGCACCGCUGGCUAUCUACAUUUACGUGUAACCCUACUAAUAUAUUUGGCUAAUCAUAAAAAGGCACCUUUGCAUUCAUUUAGAAUUUAUGUAUGUGUACAUGUGAGAAAAUAGACAAAAUGCUAGUUUAUAGUUUUUCAAUGGAACAGAAUAGCUUUAAAUGCACAGAUACAACCGAUUUCUACUGAAUGAUUUAUAUAUAUUACAAAUAUUAAUCACGUUC